AGAGAGGAAAAAUGGAUGAAGGCGAAUCUCAACAAAAGACGCUAACUCUUGUCAUAAAAACGCCCAACCAGGCGCAGGAAGACCAAAGUAUCGAUGGCGUCUGUCUGAACUGGACUGUAAAGGAACUAAAAACACAUUUAUCGGCUGUCUACACAACCAAACCGGCUGUGAGCGACCAGAGGCUGAUCUAUGCUGGUAAACUGCUGCCUGACCACCUGCACAUUAAAGAUCUCUUCAGACAGACUGACUCCAUUCCCAUGCUGCACCUGGUGGUUGCGUUCAGGAAUGCACCCCAGGGAUCACCGGGUGCUGGACCGAAGACCUCUAGUCCAAGCCCUGCGCCAACCUCCGCUUCACCCACUCCCAGCAGCUCCUCAUCCUCCUCCUCCACAGCCCAGACACCCAGCACACCAGAGCUGAGGCAGAGGAGGCAGACGUCUCACACACAGACCCCCGCCGCAUCCCCUCCACAGACCCCUGCAUGGCCUCCCGCUGCAGUGCCUGGAGCACCACAGAUGACCCAGCCAGCCUUCCCCACCUACUCUCUGUACAGCCCUCAACAGCUGCUGUGGCUCCAGCAUGUCUACGCCAGGCAGUAUUACAUGCAAUAUCACGCAGCUUUGGCAGCAGCCGGAACCGUUCCCUCAGUGCCGGCCGCCACCGUUGCCCAGUAUCCCCCCGUCCCGGCCCACCAGGUACCCGUCCCGGCCCCUUUAGCCAAUCAGAACCCCAUCGACAACCUGCCAGCGAAUCCCAACCCGGCUCAGGACGGCGCUUUCAUCAACCCCGGCGCGGCCAACCAGAACAUGCGAAUGAACGCUCAGGGCGGGCCCGUAAUGGAGGACGAGGACGACGUGGAGCGCGAUUGGUUGGACUGGUUGUACUCGGCCGCCAGAUUCGGCGUCCUGCUCGUGAUCGUGUACUUCAACUCCAACCUGACUCGGUUCCUGCUGGUGAUGAGCACCCUCCUCCUCAUGUACCUACACACCACUGGCUUGUUUCCCUUCAGAAGGCGAGCACAGGUCCAAGCACCCAACCACUUGGAACCUCCUGAGGACCAGCACAACCAGCAGAAUGAGAACAGGAACCCAACUCCUGCUGAAGAGCUGUCUGACAGACAAACGGAGGAACCUGCUGAAGCAGCAGAAGAAUCAGACGAACAAGGAGAGAUGACGGCAGUUUUAGUGCCUCCUCACAGAGUGUCAGUCAUGUGGACGGCUUGGGUUUUCUUCAAAACAUUCUUCUCCUCUCUCAUACCCGAGGCUCCUCAGGGUGUAGCCAACUGACCAACCCCGGACAGACGACUGAUAGAGACAGCAGACUCUUUUUUUAAUUAUUAUUCAAUGGGGUACAGUCAUCUACGGAGAUGUUUUCAGUCACGCUUGAAAAAUCUUCUUUGUGGAAGGAGAAGGUAGAUGGACAAAAAAUAUUCAUGUUCAUAUCAACAGUGACUGGAACUGCCCCGCUGAACUAGAACAGUAGUGCCUAGAUCUAUAUCCAAGCACCACUUCCCUUUUUCUUUUUUUUUUGUUACCCUGAUAGACCUUUGAAUUGCCAAAUAUGUGGCCUGGAAAAGUUAAGCGUUACGUAAAAAUACGUUGUUCAAUUAGAUCUGGCCAAACCUCUACCAAUCUGUAAGACAAGCAGCCACCUGGAUGGUGUCCUUAUCUGUCAAACAACAGUAGGUGGCAGCUGAUAGUAAAAAUCAGUAUCCUCUUAGCUGACACUGAUUUUAUUCUUCCUGUGAGGAAAAUGUUAUGAUCCCUUAGGAUUCGAAAGCAGCUUGUCUUGAGUUUUCACAUUGAAAAUCCAGAUUAUCAUGAGCCCUGUUCAGUUUAAGUGAAAAUCCAUGCACCGACUAACUCAGUACUGUAUGUUACGACUAUCAGAAUCUAAUUUUUUUUGUUUUGUUCUGUUUCGUUUUUGUCUAGGCAGAGAUUUAGGUCUUCUUUAUAAACUAAUCAAUUACAGCUUCAGCAGUAGAACUGAAGAAAGGCCAUAAAGAUUUGAAUCUUAUGAGGAAUUUAACACCUAAUGAUGAAAUGUAACCACAACUCAAUACUGAAAUCACUCAAGUUAUAGCAUUGAAAUUAUUUGACUUUGACAACAGUGUUUGUUUUGAAACCCCCUCCUUAAGUUUCCAGUAAAAAUAUAGAUUUUUUAAAUUGAGUGAUUUAGUAAAAGAUUAGUAUCAAAUCAAAAAUGCGGUUGUGGUUAAAAAUUAAAUCACAACGAAACUUGUUUAAUUUUAAGUGAUUUUUAAAUUGUAAAAAUUAAAAUGACCUUCUAGAAAGGAUUUAACCUCCAUACAUUUAGACUGAAUUUUCAGAGAUCUAUUAGUAUUAAAUAUUCUACAUCAAGUAUUCAGUAGUGGUUUACUUUUUUUGUUGUUGUUGCUUGUAAGUUUCAAAUUAUUUUGGCCUUUAUUUGCUUCCAUACAGUCACUGUAAUGAACACUGAACAGCAGAGACUAAAAGGUUCCUGAAGCUCUUCUGUUUUGUUUUUCUGUUGAGUGUUUCAGACAAUGGUGAUUGAGACCAAAUAUACAAAUGGACUGCUUCAUUCUGCCAGUUAUGUACAUUUUCUGUAAAAUAAGUUAAAAAAGGCAAGUUUUGUAAAUAUACUGUAUGAAAGCACUUUACAACAUGUGUCUUAAGCAAGCUUCCAUUUAAAGGGGUUAAUAAUAAUAAUGAUGGUGCCUAAAGGCCUCAAAUUCAAGUUAAGUCUAAAAUCCCAUUAAAACAAAAGGUUAAAGGUCAAAUCGAUAGUAUUUAAAUUACAGUAAAUUAUUAUUUUUUUAUUUUUAAUAUGAAAUAGUAUAUUUAGCAUAUUUGUGCAAUCAAAUCAAGUUAACAAGGACGGUCUUCUUUUAUAUCUUAUAUCACCACAUCCAGACAGCUUUAUCUACAAAAGUGCAACCUAUUCACAAGUCAGCCCAGUUGUGCAGAUAUGUGACUAGAAGCCCCAUCACUUGUUUUUAUUUGCAUUCAUUAACUGUAUUCUGUGCAUCUUUUAUUGAUCUAUAGAAAGUUUAACUGCCAAAUGUCAGCUUAUUUUACACCUUUCAGUAAACAAGUGGAAAGUCAUCUGUCAGCCAAUAGACUUCACGUACUGCAUCAGCCUCGGGCUCAUUCCACAUUAGCGCUCAGAUUCCCUCAAGGGAAUGACAACAUUUUCUGACAUUGGACACUGUGUAUAGUCAUUUUUAAUGCUACGACUUAGAAUUUCUUUUGUUUGUUUGUCUUAUUGUCUGAAUUGCUUAUUAAUGGAUGCUGUAGAGUGAUGAGUGUGUUGAAGGAAAUUUGCAAUAAUGAGAUGCAAUAAAUAUUAAAGUCCUCCUCAUGGUGAUG